GAUCGUUAGGGUUUAAGCAAUACGGCAUCAUAUAACACUUAUCAAUAUCAGCCGUUAACUGUAAAACUCCUAAAUCAAUGUCAACCGUUAGAUGGCAUCCCCGAUAGUUCUCCCCAAGUCACCAUCACCACCGAAGAUCCGUUGACCGAGACGACAAUGGCUUCUCUCCAGUCAACCCCAACUUCUCUCCGCCCCAAGCUCCAUCUCUCAUCUCACUUAACCACACACCGCACCCUCCUCCCUCUCACCGUCCGAUUCCCUCAUCGCCGCCGCGGCAGCGGAAGCAGCGGCGGGGUGAGAAUGUCAUCGCCGGUCUCCGAAAGCUACGCGACGGCGUUAGCUGACGUGGCGAAAGCUCACAACACUCUAGAACCAACCUGCGACGACAUCGAGAAGCUGGAGAAGACCUUCUCGGACCCGAAGGUUCUGGACUUGCUCGCGAAUCCAACGGUGGAGCUCCGGAAGAAGCGUGAGGUGAUCGAAUUGAUCUCCGAGUCCUUAUCCCUGCUUCCACACACGUCCAACUUCUUGAACGUGCUGAUCGAUUCGGAUCGGAUAGAUCUAGUGAAGGAGAUCAUGAAGGAGUUCGAAGCGGUGUACAACAAGAUGACGAAGACGGAGGUCGUGGUUGUGAAGUCGGUUGUGAGGCUUGAUUCUCAGCAUCUGGCUCAGGUGGCGAAGCAUGUGCAGAGACUCACGGGAGCUAGGAACGUGAGAGUUAGGACGGUGAUCGACGAGAGGUUGAUCGCUGGGUUCACUAUCAGGUACGGUGGUUCAGGUUCUAAGCUUAUUGAUAUGAGUGUGAAGAAGCGGCUUGAGGAUAUCACCACUCUAUGUACAACUUGAGAGUUGAACUUAUUGAUACUGUGUUUAGUAAGCAAUGGUUAUAAAGCUUUGUUUUCUGCAUAAA